GUGGCAGUAAUACAUUUCAACUAAAGCUCAGCAUGGCUUUGUGGGCUUGCCUGGAAAUAUAACCACUCUUUACAUUAUUAUGUCUAUGGAGAAAUAUAUUCUGGUUUCUAAAUAACUGAUUACAGAUGAUUUUUUACAAAGAAAUUCAUUCCUUUAUAUUUACAGUGCCAUUGUCAUUUUUAUGGGAAUAUUUAAAAGUCCACAUGUUAUAUAAAGCCAGGAGCUGGGUCUCAUUUUCUAGCACAUUCUCUCUGACCCAAGGACGAGCCACCAAAGUUAGGUUGCAUUUGUUAUCUUCUCUGUUGAAUAAUUGUACCUUUUUUCUCACUAGCUUUGUAGAUCCCUCACUGCAAUUUGAAUCCCAACUGAAGAUAAUAGAGUCAUCCUUUAAAAAAGUAUUUUCUAUUCCAAGUCUUGAGAAAGUGAGGCAAAUGGGGAACAGUGAAGAUGACAAAGAGGACAUAGAGAAUUUAUAUCAAAAUAUUUUAAACAUGUAUGAAGACACUCUUCUCAUCUUGGUGUCUAAAGACCUCUACAAACUGCAAAUCUUAAAGGACAUGGCCAUGUGGAUGAAUGAAGACAGUUCAUACCUGCAGGAGAGAGCCAUAGUGGUCAUCAGCAGGGUGCUGAGCUUUGCCUCCAGGAAAGUCAGGGGAUACGUAAGUGACAGUGCAAUACGCCACCCGCUCCUGAAGGCUGAGUCUCUGUAGUGCUGCCUUCCAAGUCUUGAGGCUGGAGAGUUCUAAAUGCCUGCUUGGUAUGAGCAUGCGGGCAGGUUGGGAUACUGAGAAGAGUCAAUAUCCUACGUGAUUUUACAUGGCUCUGCAACUCGAUUUUUUCACUGAACAAUAUGUCCCUCAGAUAUAUUCAUGGCAAUGUAUGUAAGUGUAUCUCAUUCUUUCAGCCAAAGCAUAUAUCCCCGUAGUUUUGAUGUAUUGUAAUUUAACUAUAGAUGGAAAUUCGGGUAUAUUUGGUUUUUUUUUCCUACUUCAAACAAUAUACAAAUGGUUAUCUUUUCUCAAGUGCUUGUUCACUUAGAAAUGCCUAGAAAGAUAAUAGAUCAAAGAGUAUAGAUAGGUUACAGUUUUAGCAUUACAAAAUUAUCCUCCGGUUUGUAUUCCUGUGGAUAUUAGAGUAAUCAUUUGCCCACACCUUCACCAACACUGGGAUGUGAUUGGACUUUCUAACGGUUGCCUUUCAGCUGGAAAGCAAACAGGCAUCUCAUAAGUGCCAGUAUUUACUGGGGUUUUCUGUAUUUUUAAUAACAUCAUUCCUUGCCUUCUAAAA